AGAAGUGCAAAAGUUAAAAGUCAAAAGGAGGAGGUACGGAAAUAAAUUGUCAUUUCAAGGCUUCCAUAGAUAAUAGCUUAAUUAAGCACAAGAUAUUGAAAUAUUAACACAUGUUACCUGUUUCAGGAGAAUGCCCAAGAAACUGUCGUAACUCGACAAUAAGCGGAAAUUCUUGUUGUAUAUGCGAAGUAUUCUUUGGUUGUGGAGUUACUAAGUGCAGUAAAAUAGCAGUACAAUUAUGGUCAGUUAACAGUUUUGUAAACUGUUUGGGAUGCGACCACCAUGACCAUUUCCCUACCUUUGAAUGUAUGUCUUGUCCUGUUGGAUGUGUUGGAUGUUUCGACCAUACACUUUGUCUCAAAUGUGUGAAUGGUAUGCACGGUAAAAUAUGUAAUAAAAGAUGUGGUAAAUGCAGACAUGAUAAUCAAGGCGUAGUGAAAUGUGACAUUGGAUCCGGUGUAUGUACUAAUGGAUGUGUAGAUGGUUAUUACAGUCCUCGUUGUGAUCAAGUAUGUGAACAUUGUAAACCGGGCAAUCAAAGCAUGGUGAAAUGUGACUAUAACUCUGGGAUAUGUACCAAUGGAUGUGUAGAUGGUUAUUACAGUCCUCGAUGUAAUCGUGUUUGUAGACAUUGUAAACCGGACAAUCUAGACGUGGUGAAAUGUGACUUUAUCUCCGGGACAUGCGCUAAUGGAUGUGUAGAUGGCUAUUACAGACGUUGCUGUGAUCGUGUAUGUGGACAUUGCAAGCUGGACAAUCAAGGCGUGGUGAAAUGUGACUCUAUCUCCGGGAUAUGUACUAACGGAUGUGUAGAUGGCUUUCACAGUUCCCGUUGUGAUCAUAUAUGCAGCGGCACUUGUUCUAAAAGAGCAUGUAGUCAACAGUCGGGCUACUGUGACAAUGGAUGUGUUUCUGGUUGGUAUGGUGAUACAUGCAAUGAUUCUUGCAGCGAUACCUGUUCUCUAAGCUCCUGCUAUCAAACAUCGGGCUUCUGUGACAAUGGAUGUGUUUCUGGUUGGUAUGGUAAAUCGUGCGGUGAAUCGUGCAGUAACACCUGUUAUGAUAAGUCCUGUGAUCAAUUUUCAGGAUACUGUGUCAAUGGAUGUGUUUCAGGUUGGUAUGGAGACACGUGCAAUGGAACGUGCAGUGAUACGUGUUCUUUAAGCUUCUGCAAUCAAAGGUCGGGCUUCUGUGAAAAAGGAUGUGUUUCUGGUUGGCAUGGUGGCACGUGCGAAGAAUCGUGCAGUGAUACAUGUUCUUUAAGCUCCUGCAAUCAAACGUCGGGCUUCUGUGAGAAAGGAUGUGUUUCUGGCUGGCAUGGUUACAUGUGCAAAUUAUUGUGCAGUAGCAAAUGUUUUAAUAAGUCCUGUGAUCAAUAUUCAGGCCGCUGUUACAACGGAUGUGCGACUGCAUACUAUGGUAACACGUGUGAAUCAAACUGCUUGGACACUUGUAAAGAACGCGUUUGCGACAGGGAAACAUCGCGGUGUUUGCGAGGAUGUGUAGCAGGAUAUCAAGGAGCAUUCUGUAAUAUGACUAUGAACAUCGGCCCUGAUUUUGUUUUAGUUGGCUUAGCAAGCAGUCUGGCUGGAGUUAUAAUAUCACUUGUAUUCACCUUAAUUAUCUGGUGUAUAAGAAGAAGAGUUCUCAGAGGCAAGCAAUAUGACAACUUUCAAGUGUCUACCAGAGACAUCUUAGCGCCAACAUAUGACGAAGUAUCAGAUAUCGGUGAUGCAAUAGAGGAACACCGUAUUAGUGGUAGCCAUUUAUACAUGGACAUUGGUACCUCCCAGAUAUAUAGGAGUAUACAUGAAUCUGGAUCCAACACACAUAACAGUUGUGAUAACGAAAUCGCUGGUAAUUGCGCAACAACACUCGCAGUUGUAGAAACCAUUAAUAACACUCCGUCUGUAUAUGCAAACGCUCGUAACCUUUCUUCAUUGCACUCUGAAGUCAAUAAUUGCAAUAAUGGAGAUUCCAGUGAAAUUCUUACAACCAGUUUCAUUUCUUUAGAUAAUGUCGAGGUUCACAGAAAAGGUUCAAACCUAUCAAGAAAUUAUUAUGAAAUAUCUGACAAAAUACCUAAUCAUGAUCAUAAUAUCGAAAUUGAAAGGAAUCAUGCCAAUGACGGCUAUGAAAUUCCUAUAUCCGGUACAUGUUCUGCUGCUCAGAAUGCCGAAGCAAGCGGAGCAUGUCUAUCCGUACACUGUAACAGAAUGACUGACUUUGCUACAAGUCCUUCAAGAGAUUCAAAGAGAACACAGAAGAAAGACGUGGUGUCCACAAGACAUAAGGAAAUAAAUGUUGAUGAGAUCAACCAAACACUACAAAAGCCUAAAGAAGAUAAACGCAAUUCAAGUUCAUCUGGAUUUGAAACCGACAUACCAUUGGAAACACAUCAAGCACAAGAGAAGGUUACUGAAGGAGACAGUAACAGCUUAAAUUAUAUACAUCCAGUGAACUAAAACUAUAACAGUCAAAACAAAAAUUACAUUGCUUUCGAAGCGAGAAAGAACUUUCAGUAGAAUCAAGACUGAUCCUUUAAACUUUAAACAUGAUUCUUUAGCAGUCCACGGAAAAUUUGUUGAAGUGUUUUAUAUUGAUAUAUGUAUUAUUUUCUUAAACUUGAGUCGAAUACAUAUCCGGCAUGAAAAAAUGCCUGGGUAGCGUACUUGAUGACGCAGUUUAUUUUUUGAGACACAGCGCAUGUUUGUUGUACAGUUAUCUAUGUUUUUUUUCUUUGAUUGUGUCUGUAUGAACGAGUAAAAAACCCGCUUGGACUGAACUGUUUGUAUAUCUGUCUUUUUGUCUGUUUCAUUCGUUUAUAUUUUCUUGUAACUCUGCUUUCUGCUUAGUUUUUAUGCAU